AUGCCAAUAUCUUGCACACAUUGCUGGAUCUCCCAUGUCCAAGACCAACAUCGGAUGGGGAUCCCUACGGGCUGCCCGACCUGCCGAGUGACAUUUUAUAGCAAGUCCGCCUUCAGAAGGCAUAGGGCGGAUCCUACAUCGAGUUGCGGCGCUCGUGCAGUCAGUGAAUUCCGCUGCCUCGAUUGUGACCUGGAAUUCCGCAGCGCAAGGGCGCUCGAUAGUCAUCUUGCCUGGAGCCACUCUAAUCCCAGGGAACCGCCGCCAGAUCGACGGGGAAUACACUAUUGUGGGGAAUGCAGGAAGAGCUUCGAGACGAGUACAGGUUUGAAGUCUCACCGUGAGCACGCCCGAGUACAUAAACCCCUCCUAGCCAGGAAGGUGGAUUGUGUUGGGGGGUGCAAGAAGACGUUUGAUGCGCCAUCCAGCUUGCUGGCCCAUCUCGAGUCCGGGGUCUGCAAGUCCGGUAUCACGAGGGACAAGCUUGAUAGAGCCAUCAUCGCAGAGGACAAAACAAACGUUAUCACCGACCUGGACGCCGUUCUCGCCCGGCAGACUAGGAACCUCUCCUUGACGAAUAGCGACAUCUCGAGCAUUUGUGGCGGCCCAGUCUUUGAUACUCCGGACGACUUGAGCGAUGCUGCAAGCACCUCCGCACAAUCGGAAACCUUCGACGGUCUUCCAAGAUACGAUCCCGCUGGCGGGGUGUUGCUCACUCCGGGCGGAUUCUCAAACGAAGCCUUCUCCUCCUCGGCCGGCAGUGGAGUCUAUACCCCGAGGGGUAGUAGUACUGGAACCGCAACCCCAAUCGCAGGCGUUAGCGGUGGCGGUGGAAUACUCAUCAACUCCCCAUCCUUCUCAGCAGCAAGCUUCUCCACGACAGGCAACCCCUACACCCCAUCCACCAGCUCCAUCGCAUCAAACCAACCUGUGGCGGAGCCAACCAUAGACCAACUCCGCUCCUGGCUCCUCCCAGACGGAACCUUCGAAUGUCCAAACUGUCCCGACCCCCCCGACCCCACCACCACAAAGCCAUCCUUCCUAACAUUCGCUGAACUGCGGGCGCACAUGCGAUCCCCAACCGCCCAUCCCCAACUCAACAAUAACCUCAACUUCACAGACCCCCACGACCUACCCAUCAGCAGCGCAUCCUCCGAAUCCGGAAUCGCUACGCCUUCAACCAUCCCCGCACAUCCGUACCUCCUCCCGGGCGGGGAGUAUGAAUGUCCCUUAUGCCCAUUAGGCUCCAGGAAGCGGUUUAGGUUGCUCGCGGCGCUGCAGACUCACAUGCUCUCGCCCAUCGCGCACAUGCCGAAUAUUUACCAUUGCCCGGAUCCGGCGUUGCUUGGCAUCGUACUGCCGCCUGGCACGAAGAGCAAGAAGCAGAAGAGCUUCGCCACACUCAGCGCUUUGGCCCAGCAUGUUGAGUCUAGCGCGUGUCAGGGUGGGGGUUUGAUGUUUAAGGCCAUGGUUGGAUUUGUCAACGAGAAGUUGGGGAAUCUAGGGAUGGGGGAUAGGAGGAUGAUCGCUGCGGAGUAAAUCGAUCGGGGAGAAGGACGGAAGAUAUAUAUAUAUAUAUAUUUUUUCUUUUUCACUUUUCCCUUGCAUGAAAUUUCACACAUGGAUAUACUUUUCGCUGGCUACUGCCGUUGAUUUUUUUUGAUUUUUUUUUCCUAUAUUUUUACUUCUGGGAAGCUUGCUUGUACGGUAGUUCACUUGGGCCUCUGUUAAGGGUUACAUUGAA